CCUGGGUGCAAGUUAUGCAUCCACCUGAAUUUAGAUUAUAUUGUACUUGGCAUGUGGAGCAAGCAUGGAGCAGAAAUUUAAACAAAAUUAGUUCUAAAGAGAAACGGGACAGUGUAGAGAAGAAAUUAAAACUUAUUUUAGAAGAAACAGAUGUAGAAGCAUUCAAGCGUACGAGUACACAAUAUGUGGUACAACUGUUAGAAGAUCAAGAGACCAAAAAAUUUGCAUUAUACUUCCAAAGUAAUUAUAUGAAAAAGACUGAGACUUGGGCACAUUGUUAUCGAGUUAAUGAAGGCCUAAAUACAAAUAUGCAUCUUGAAUCAAUGCAUAAAACAAUUAAAUAUAUGUAUUUAAAGGCUAAACACACAAGAAGGCUGGACGUAUGUAUACACGCCAUUCAAAAAUAUGCCAAUGACAAAUUGUUUGACAAUAUAGUCAUGGGAAGUAAGGGGAAGAUCACUUCCAAAAUUACGAAUUUAAGGCACAUACACAAGGACAGUGAAAAAAUAGACCUAGGAACAGUAUUAAUUGAGGACAAAGGUAUAUACGAGGUUUUUACUAAAUCGAACGAAGUAUUUACAGUUCAGGAAAAUAACAAGACAUGCUCUUGCAAAAUAUACUGCAGCAUAUGUGAAAUGUGCAUGCAUGCAUAUUCUUGUACAUGCAGAGAUUACAGUAUCCAAUGGAACAUGUGUAAACAUGUACAUUUGGUACAAAGAUACAGGAAGGAAUAUCCAGAGUCCCUUCCAAAAUCAGAAAAAAUAUGUUCGGAUGAUGAAAGUGAUGAAGACUGUGGGCAAACUGACAUAACGCCUAAUUUAGUCGAUUGUGUCAGCAAGAAGGAGAAAGACAAAUCAUGCUUGGAGCAUAAAAAAAAUAUUAUUGUCAGAAGAACACGGGUAGCCAUGCAAAAUGUUUCUGCAGAAGUGUUGGAUAAGGCUAGAAAAUGGAUAGAUUUAUUUGAAGAAGAAUGUAAUCCUAAACAAAAAAAAACUGCACCUUCAACCUCUGCACCAUCAACCUCUGCAUCAUCAACCUCCUCUGCACCAUCAGCACACAAUAAAAGAAUUAUCCCCCAAAGGAGGUUGUUCUCCACUAAAAAAAGAAUAAUAAGCAGAACAGAAGAAAACAAAGAAAAUUUAGGUAUUUUAUCUUUUAUCAAAUGCUGUGCAAUUCAAACCAAUUUAGUAUUAUUGAAGAAGACUGAAGACAAAGAGUUAUUUAGUUCUAUUUUUAUACUAUCACUUUGA